GGAGCUGUUAUGAACUUUAUCAUGAUGCAUGUACGUGAGGUUAUAUAAUUUAUGAUUGCAAAGAAAUGUGACGCAAAGUAAAAAUUUAUGGCGGGUUUUAAAUGGUGGUCGAAUGACUCGAAUUCAAAUGCAUUGGCACUGGGAAGUUUCAUCUUUUUUGUUUUUUUUUUUUUUGGUCUGGCGGUGUUUUCUAUUUAUCCAGCUGUGUAAAUAGUUUGAAACAGAACAAAUUAGAAAGAAGAAUAAGGAUUUAAAAUGAUGCAAUAUCCGUGCUUCAAUAAAUUUCGGAUAACAAACAGUCUCAACUCAUGACUAAGGAAGGAAGCACGUUUAUGGUAAAAAGCAAAGGGAUCUGGAAGCUUGUGGGUCAAGCUAAAGGAAGCAUCGACGCAGUUUGAUAAGUGAAUCGUGUCAGAGUGGUAUUGGAGAGAGGUAGAUGCACACGUGCGUUAGCCUCUUUAGACUUUAGUCAGGAAGACACACGUGAGCUACACAUACAUUUUCUUACUCAUUUCCGAAUUGCUAAACUAAAAAAAAUCUCGUGUCUGAAUUUGAAUCGAAGAAAGAUGACUGUGUUGUCAAUGGGAUCACUGCCUUUGGGCUUCCGAUUCCGACCCACCGAUGAGGAACUAAUUAACCACUAUCUCAGAUUAAAGAUCAACGGCCGUGAUUCCGAGGUGGAGGUCAUACCUGAAAUCGAUGUCUGCAAAUGGGAGCCAUGGGAUCUACCUGGUUUAUCAAUUAUAAAGACGGAUGAUCCGGAAUGGUUCUUUUUCUGCCCCCGUGACAGAAAAUACCCAAACGGCCUUCGUUCGAAUCGUGCUACUGACGCUGGAUACUGGAAAGCUACGGGUAAGGAUCGGACCAUUCGCUCUCGAAAGUCUGGCUCUGUUACUUCCAUUGGUAUGAAGAAGACCUUGGUUUUUUAUAGAGGUCGUGCUCCUAAAGGCAAGCGUACCCACUGGGUCAUGCACGAGUAUCGUGCGACUGAUAAAGAUCUCCAACCCACCAAACCCGGCCAGGGUGCUUUUGUCCUCUGUCGCUUGUUUAGAAAAUCAGAGGAGAAGAAUGGUGUUCUCAAGUAUGAUGAAGAACAACCAGGAUCUCCUGUUACAAUCAAAUCUUCUCCCGAUGAUACCUCCUCUGAUCUUGUUCAAGAAACUACCAUGCCCGACUAUGGAACCAAUGGUAAUGCUGCAGUACCUUUAGAGAGCUGUUGCAAUAGUCAUAUGACUUCUGAUAUGGAAGAACAUUCUCUAGAAGCCACUACAGUUGAGGAAUAUCCUAUUGUGGAGGAAACUUCUUAUCUACAUGAGCCUAGCAACUGUCAAAUUGAUUGCAAAGUAUUCUCACCAAUGCAGUCACAUUAUGCAGAGCUAGCACCAUUCAUGGCUUCUCCCUAUGCCAGUGACUUCGGCAAUAGUAAUGUUGAAUUGAACUUUCAGGGUGGCACUAGUGAACAGGAAUUUGAUUUCACUGAGUUGUUAGAUGAGUUCUUCAAUAACCAUGAUGAGGUCUGUUGUGAAGACUCGAGCAUUCAAAAGGACUUGCUUCUUGAAAGUGAACUGCAGUCCUCAGGUCAACAGUUACUAUCGCCAGCAAACUUUUUUGCCAAAGACAAUAGUAUAUGCAAUCACACAGACACUGAAAUGUCUCCCGUACAGAAUCCUGUGAACUGUGGGAGUGAAUUUGUUAGUAGCACUGGAAUCAAAAUCAGAACUCGUCAGCCUCAGCAACCACCAGCCUCGUACAACUUUGUAUCUCAGGGCACUGCUCCGAGAAGAGUCCGGAUGAAGAUGAAACUUGCUAAUGCACUACCAGUUAGUAAUGGCAAGGAGAAAGGUGUGAGUCACAUUAGAGAAGAAGAUGAAGUUCAAUCUGCCUUUACUGAGGUCAAUCAAGCUACAGACAAUAAUCCUACUCCAGAUGAGCAGGAUAGUGAGAGCCAGCUGCUCAAGUUUUAUAAAAGUAGGGAAACUACUGAAGAACCUUCUGCGAAAGUGAGGUUAAGGGUGAAACGAAAUAGGGAAUCUGGAAGGAGCAGCAGUACGGGACCAUCAAUUUUUCCAGGUGCAGCUGCUAAGUGCCUUGGUCGCAGUUCAUUGGUUUAUUUGCUCAGUAUUAUGUUGGUUGUGAUCUUCUUUACAGUCAUUAGCGGGAUAUGGAGUCACCGAAACAUCUUGAUGUUGCACUAAGAAAACAAUAGGUGGUUCAUUGUUCCUCUGAAUGUUUACUAUGUAGGAAAGAGGUAUAGUAUUGUAAAAUUGUGUGUGUAUGUGUAGAUUAGGUAGUAUUCUAUAUGGAAUGGUUACUGUUUGUGUAA